AUGUUCUUUCCUAGACGCCUCUGGGAUGACCAGGAUUCUCCUACGACGUCCCAUUUCCCGCACGUUCAUGCCCUCCACAUGCUCUUCCCCGUCUCUAGUAACCUGUCACGAAUCUUACUCUUCUCUCUUCGUCUCCCUCGCUCCGCGUCGCUUCGUGAGCCAGCUCUCACAUUUGGAAAGUUCUCCUUGCAUUCUGCUCCUCCCCUCUCAGCCCUCACCCGCUCCUUCCCGUAUUCCUCUCCUCUCUCAUUCCUGAAUCACCUCAUGCCUCUCUACUUCUCUCCCCUCAUCCUUCCCCUCAUCCAUCCCUUCAUCCCUCGUUCCCCUCAUCCCUUCCUCCCUUCAUCCCUCCCCUUCUCGAUCCUCCGCAGCGACAGCCAUGGGUGGUCCCCCCGGCUCCAGGGCCCCCGGCAGGGCCGCGCGGCAGGCGGAGGGGGCGGGCUGGGCGUGGGGGUGCGCGGAGCUGGCGCGGGCGAGGGCCUACGUAGCAGCGAUGGCGGAGGGGGAGCAGGGGGGUCCGCGGGAAGCGGGGGCGGGGGGCAUGGCAACGGGGGGGGGAGACCGCGGAAGACGUCCCGCCUGCUGCUGCAUAUCCGCGGGGAGGCGGCGGGGAAUAGAGGCGCAGGGUUGGUCCGCGUGGCCCUGGAUAGGGGGGGUGCGGGGGCGAGGAGGGGGAGGGGCACGGACGUGUACGAGGCGAGCAGAGAGGGCGAGAUAGUGAACGCGUGGGAUCCACUAUACGGGCUGGAGAUUGACGUGUGGGACCCACGCACGCACAACCCCCUCAACAAGCAGCU